AGCACUAGUUGCCAUCCCUAGCGCAUUGUGUAUGCAUUACGCAUUUGCGAAAUUCACCAGCAAUACGUUUUAAGCCAAUUUAAACCCAAUUGCUGUAGCGGCGCCUGUGCUGAAACCCUUACCAAUUGCAGCUGGCAAACCCGCCACACCUCAGCUAACGUGGCCAUGUACGCCACCAAUAAUGGCAGCACAAAUAAGGCGCCAAAUAGCAAUGCCACAUCGAUGUUUGACAAUACCAUUACUGUAACGCCGAUCAAAAUGGAGCUAAGUGACGCUCUGGCCAAGUCAGGUUCCACAGCCACAACGCCGGCCCUGCGGCGUCCAAACGCCGUCAUUGUCACGUCACAGCAGCUGACAGUACCCAUGCAAACGGGCUUGUCCGUAACGAACAGCGGCGGCGGGAAUGCGGCAUAUACGACGGGCAUGAGCGUGACAUCCACCACAGUGACAACGACGGCGCCAAAGGAGAAACCGACGAAAGCGGCGCGCGUUCAAGUGGUACGCAAGCCGCCGCCAACGAUUGAAAACUUUUGGCCGAACAUAUUGAGCGAGGUGAAUGGCAUUGGUCAGGUGGAUGCCAAGCAUCAGGUGCUGCCGCUGGCGCGCAUCAAGAAGAUCAUGAAACUGGACGAGAAUGCCAAAAUGAUAGCGGGCGAAGCGCCGUUGCUGUUUGCCAAGGCCUGUGAGUAUUUCAUCCAAGAGCUAACAAUGCGCGCCUGGGUGCACACCGAGGAGAGUCGUCGCCGUACACUGCAGCGGUCGGAUAUUGCGCAGGCGAUUGCCAAUUAUGAUCAAUUUGAUUUCCUAAUCGAUAUAGUGCCGCGUGAGGAGAUCAAACCCUCAACUACGCAGAAAACCAAAGAGCCAACCAGCUCGAAUGUAUCGGCGGCGGCUGCUUCCGCCGCAACUGCAACUGCUGUUACCAGCAAUAAUAAUCCCAACGCUAGCUUUACAACCGGCAAUGUUGUGAGUGGCGCCAAUGUACCUGUGGCUACUGCUGCUGCCGCGUCUGGCCUCAAGCUGGACGCCACUGCGGCCGAAGUGCUCGGCUUCAGCACAGUCAAUCCAGAUCUGUUUGCGGCGGCAGCCGCCAGCAGCAAUCAGCAGCUGCAGCAGCUGACAACGCAACAGCAUCAGCCACAGCAAGUGCAGAUCAUACAGCAGGGCGCCGGUACACAGCAGCUGCAAUACUUCAUAGCGCUGCCUGGGCAGCAGCCCACGCAAUUGGUGCAGCAGCUCCAUCAACAGCAGCAACAACAACAGCAGCAGAACAGUCUCGGCCUAAAUAUUGUUGCACAGCAGCCGACGCAGCAGCUAAUACUCACCGCCGGACCCAAUGGUCAGUUGACAGCGACGCCGGCGCCCACAACAGCUGCUCAGCAGCAAACGGCGCUGCUCCAGAACCUGGCCCAACACCAACAACAGCAGCAGCAACAACAGCAGCAUCAGCAAAUACAACUGCUGCAGCAGGUGGUGACGCCAACGGGCGAGUUGACCAAUGUGCCGAUUGCCAUCAGUGCCAAUCAGCUGCACUUGCUGCGUCUGCAGAUGCAACAACAGCAACAGCAGCAGCAACAACAGCAGGUUGCUGCUGUGCAGGCAGCAGCGGCGGCGGCAGCGCAGCACAAUCAACAGCAGCAGGUGAUAAUACCAACACAAUUGCUAACAGCACAGCAGAUACUGCAGCUGGGUGGCACGCCCACAAAUGCAACAACUGUGACACAGCAGCAGCUGCAGCAGCAUCAACAGCAUCAACAGCAGCAACAGCAUCAACAGCAGCAACAGCAGCAACAGCAGCAGCAGCAACAACAACAACAACAACAACAACAACAACAACAGCAGCAGCAGCAGCAACAACAACAACAGCAGCAACACCAUCAACAGCAACAGCAGCAUAUACACAUAAGCAGCAACAAUCCAAACAACAGCUGUAACAACAACAAUAACAACAGCAGCAGCAACAAUAAUAACAACAAUGCAGCGUCUAUAUUCAUAAAUGCGACGGCGUCGAACGCCCAAGUAGCGACGCAAGCGCAAACACAGGGCAUAACAACAUUAACCACAGAUCGUACGCUGAACAGCGGUUUUCGGUAAAACCCAAUAUAAAGCGAACAUUAGCUUAAGUGAAAAGCAAAAGCCCAAAACAAAAUACACCCAACAUUGGACAGCACACGACACCAGCAACCACCUAAUUGUUAAGGAUAAGUUAAAAUUUAAGCUAAGUUUAACAUGUUUAGCAUUGAAUUCAAGUCCAAACAUUUUGGGCCAAUUAGCAAUCAUAUCGAAGCAUCAGGAGGCAAUUGGUAAUAGCAUUUGGCGUUGGCAUAUUGAUUGCGCCCGUGUCCUGCCAUUCAGUUUCGUACUAAUGUAUACAUGUGUAUAUUAGAUGCAGCGGAGAGAGUUUAAUUAGCUAGCUCCUAAGUACCAAUUAAUUUAGCAAUUGUAUAAAUAGAAGAUACAUUUUUAUUAUGUAAUGUAUUUAGUGUUCAGCAGCAAGGUGAAACCCAAUCCAGCCCAAGCAGGCGGCCUAGCAGGGAAUCUCUUUAUAUAAUUCGAAUGUGUCCUGCCUAAUGUACAUAUCAUAACGAAUUGAACUAUAUUGGUUUGCCCAACGACUCGCACACGAAAGCAUCUAGCUACAAUUUCAAGUUGCCAACUAAAUUCUUAAGUUUCACACCCUUUCUAUAGCUGUCUGUGUGUGUGUGUGUGUGUGUGUAUGUAUGUA